CGGACGGGACGGGGGAGGCGGCGGGAACGGGAGCGCCUUUCCCGGGGAACGCGGGAGGAACGGGAGAGCCUUUCCCGGGGAACGCGGGAGGAACGGGAGAGCCUUUCCCGGGGAACGCGGGAGGAACGGGAGCGCCUUUCCCGGGGAACGCGGGAGGAACGGGAGCGCCUUUCCCGGGGAACGCGGGAGGAACGGGAGCGCCUUUCCCGGGGAACGCGGGAGGAACGGGAGCGCCUUUCCCGGGGAACGCGGGAGGAACGGGAGCGCCUUUCCUGGGGAACGCGGAGUGCCCGGCCCGCCGCUGCUGCUGCUGCUGCUGCAGGUGGUCAUCGGCCCGAUGGGAGCACAGCCAGCAGGGCUUCUCUGGCCUGGCAUCUCCUGAGUGCGAGCGAUCCUUGGGCGCAUCCAGUAUUGGAGGUGACAUCCCCAUCAGCUGGCGCGUAGCCGCCUCUGGAGUGCAGGUCCUGGAUGUAGGAAAUAUGAAUGACUGGCAGAGAAAAAGCCCUCUAGACUGGGAAAUGUAUGUGAACAAAUUGGUGAAAGUUGUUGCAGUUGAGAAAAAUGAAUAUGAAGGAUGGGUUUUAACUGUUGACCCAGUUUCUGCCACCAUUGUCCUCGCAACAUUCCCAGAGAACGAGAAAGGAUCCAUAUCAUUUGUCAUGGGCCACGCCGUCCAGGAGGUCGAGAUCCUGCAGGAAGGGAACAGUGACAUGAAGCAGCGCCUCGCUCGCAUCCUUGAGCCCGAGGAAAGCCAAGCCUACAGCCCCGAGGAGCUGGAGAAGAGGAAGAACGCCUUGAAGACGUGGCUGGAGACAAACCACAUCCCCGUGGGCGAGCAGGGGGAGCUGGGCAGGACGCUGAGCGUGGCGGGGGUGCUGACCAUCGAGCCCCCGUACGGCCCCGAGCAGUGCAGCAGCGCCAACGAGAUCAUCCUGGCCCGCGUGCAGGGCCUGUUGCAGGGCUGGCUGCAGCGCUGCAGGGCUGCCUGCAGCAGCAGCGCCGAGCCUGCUGCAGAGGCUUCUCUCUAGGAGCUCUCCUGCUUUAGGAACUGGGCUGUUUCAGGAACUCUCCUGGGUGUCAAUGCUCACUGUUUGCAGAAAAAGCUGUUUCAGGUACUUUUGUCUUGUUUUUUUUUUAUGUAAAGGAAGGAAUAAAACAAGAAGCAUAAACUCACAGCACAAGUCUUGGUCUCUGCGGGGACAAGUGGCUGCCAUGUCAGCACCAGGCUAUUUUUAUUAGAAAGCAAGCUGUUGUACUAAACUGAUUUAUCAGUUUAAUUUGUCGGUUUAGAGUUCUUGUAACGGUAUUGUAAAGGAUGAUAUAUAACACAUUUAAACUGUUUUUCCUUUAAAACUAGUUUAAUUAUCUAGUGCUGAAGACACCUGUAUUUGAACUGCUUAGCAGAUUCUUUUUCCUUUUUUUUUUUCUUUAAAGAAAGAGAAUUAUGACACCUGGACUUUUCAAACCAAAUUGAAAAAAAAUGUUCAGAAAACUG